AUGUCCGGAAUACUCCGCCAGCAAAUCGGUAUCGCAAAAAGACAACUACGAGAAGCACUUGAAGAGGUACAGACUGAGCACACCGAAGAAGCUCAAAUCCAACAACUCAAGGAUGACGAUAUACUAGCCGCAUAUGAAGAACAUACGUCAUCGCACGACUCCCUGUAUCGUGUGUAUUCGCGUCUCGGCCGUCUAUGGAAACAGUGGCAGAGUCUACUACGAACCAAGCAAGAAGAGGAAGAUAUUCUGUAA